UAACGAUUCUAGUGACCGAAAAAGAUUCUAAAUACGUAACACCCCCUAAUUUAUUUCAACCCUAGACCAAGCAGAAAUAAAUCAACAUCUAAUGGAAGUGUGAAAAUCUACCAUCACUGAUCAACCAUCUUUAAGGUUUCAAGGCUGAAAGCAAAACAAAUCUCUGCACGCUUUUCAAUGCCUCAAAAGUUGAUCUCAUCAAAACGUGUUCUUGGGGACACGUCAUGGACAAAAAGAAUUUCCAUACCGAAGUUGUUCACACGAGCCUUCAACAAGGUUGAUAGCACCGUUAAGCAUAAACAAAACUUUGAUAGAUUUCUGAUUAGGGAGAAACCCCUUUCCAACGUUAAUACGAGUGCUCAAAAACAUGAUCACUAUUACUCACUUGCGGAAGAUUUUCUGGAGAUUACACCUCGGAAGACAAUUGGAAAAUUGAAGGAAUGUAAAGAGGAUGGUGAUUAUGCUGUGUAUGGUACCAUUAUGGGAGUGAUUGGUGGACCUGAUUGGUUUGUUGCUCAAUGUAGAUGUGGCACUGAAGUUGUUCUGAAGUUUGGGUCAUACUAUUGUAAAAAGUGUUCAAAGCAUGUUGAGAAUAUUAUUCCAAGGUAUAGAAUUAAGGUGAAAGUUAUUGAUUCCUCAGGGAGUGCAACCUUUGUCAUAUUUGAAAAGCUUGGAUGCCUUUUGCUCCAUAAGUCCUGCACUGAGAUUUUGAAAUCUACUGAAAAUGGUGAUUUUGACUUAACACAACUCUCAGAAUUUCAACGUAUGUUAUGUGAUAGAUCAUUCGUUUUUAAGGUUGAGGUUAAGAAAAAUUGUUUCACUCCGAAAGAACCGGCAUAUGAUGUUGUUGACAUUUGUUUUAAUGAUUCCAUCAUCACCAAGUUCAAAGAGAAGGAUCCUGGAUUUUUUGAUAAUAAGAUUGACUUGACAGCUAGCAUAUCCCAGAGCUUAUGAAGAGUUAAAAUUUAGAUUUCCAAAAUGUUCAACGCUCGUGUUAAGCCUUGAUGAGUCGAUAUAAUGAUGUGGAUGGAUCACAACACUGUCAAUCACUCAAUUUCGGGUACAAUGAAAUUGAGGCUACAACAUAAAGAGAAGUGUCAACCAAGAAGAUGAAAUGUGUUAAGAUUGGGAAGGGGUGAAAUUCUUAUUGGGGUUCAGGAUAAUGUGGUCAAUUUCUAUUUGAAAAUAAUUAUGCAUUAUUCUUAGUUAUUAUGUUUUGGUGUUGGUGACAGACACAGUAAAGACAA